AUGAGCAGGGCUAGUAAAAUAACGUUUACUUUAUCAUGCAUACUUACAGCCACGACAGUCGUAGGAGUUCAUGUGGUUCAAGGAAUGGAGAGAGAGACUCUUCAUCAGGGUCCGAUUAAAGAUGCAAAACGUGUAGCUGCCAAGCAACAACAAAGACAGUCAGCGACUGAUGAAGUUGAUGAUUCAAAAUCUCGUAAACGUAUUUUCAACGCUGCAGAACAUGAGGAACAGUUAGAACUACGUCGGAAAUAUGAAUCGAUGCAACCGCUUUCGGGGAAUAUAAAGACUAAAGAAACAGAGGAAAAGGGUAAAAGCCAAUAG